GCGGGACAAAGAAAACCUGGAGCGAAAGCUCAACGAUAUGAACAAAGAAAAGGAGAACUUGCUUGCCAAGUUGAAAAAUAUGUCGAACGACAAGGCGAAACUCGCCCAGAGUCUCGACACAAAAACCUCAGAAGUGUUCCAAAUGGUGAAAGAAGCCGAGCGAUUGAAAGAGGAGAUCGUGAGCCGAGAUGUGAAGAUCAAGUGGGGGCAGAACAAGCUGAAAUCUGAAAUGGACGGGCAUCAGGAAACAAAGUUGCAGCUAGAAAAAAGCUACCGCCAACUGCAGGACCUUCGGGACGAAGCGAACCAGGUUCGUGUGGAUUGCCAGAACCUG